AUGGAUUUGAGCGGCAUUCCUGCUCUUCCCGAUGAGGAUGGCAUAGAUCUGAAUCUCGGCAAUGGGAAAGAUGAGGACGAGUAUCUCAUCGAUUACACCGACGACGAAGGUCCAUCCUUGAAGACAUUAAAGGAUGCUCAUGCUCCUCAACUCGACAAAGCUUUGGAUGCAAUCAUUGACGAAAGCGCAGCAACCUUGGAUGAGAUCUUUGAUGAAAGCGAGGCUUACUUCAAAGAGAAAUCCUUGGACCAAGUCAUCGAUGAAAGCAAGGCUUACUUCGAAGGCCAGUGGUUCACCAGCAAGGGCCAAAAGCUGAAAACCCCCAUAGCGGAGGUGGAUUGCUCACAGUGCCAGAGAAAGGGUCACACAUCUCGACAUUGCUCAGCGCAUCUCAGUAACGGCCAUGUUAGUAGGAACUGUUGUAUCUUGUGUAACAUGAGAUCCCACAGAACCGCCGAUUGCCCAAGACUCAGGGAUGGCAGCGAGAACAGGGUUAAGAGAAGCACAGCAUAUCUAUACCUCGUUGUUUCUCGGGACGGCAAGCCCCCUGCACGCAUGCCAUGGUAUCCAUGGCACCUUGACUUCGAGCGCUGGAAGAGGAGAGAAGCCAAUGGCAAUCUCCUCCGACCUCAGACUCCUAAUUUUGCUAUGGAAAAUUAUGACCAAGAGGAAAUGUACCAGGGCCUCGACGAAAGGGUGUCAGACCCAUUCUGGGAUCGGGAACAAGAUGAUUGGACAGUCGAGGACUACGAUCAGCAUUGUGGCCCUUUCUUCGAGCUUUCCAGAUACCCUUCCGGCGUUCCACGUCCACCACUGCCACCGCUCCCAAACCCUCCUGCACCGAAGAAACCGAAGAAGAUGAAGGCAGCUGAUGCUCCUUUGUCCGAAACGGGUGAGACGGCGCCGGAGCUAACAAAGAUGGUCAACCCAUUCGUGCCAAAGGCUGAAAAGGUCACCAGAGGAGUGAACAAGGCUGGCAAGGCCAACCCGUUCAUGCCGAAGGCUGACAAUGUCAACCAUCAGUCUCGUUCUCGGUAUGCCUCUCAAGGACCUCCUCGCAAUUGGUUCAAUGGUGAUAGGCGUGAGGAUCCUCCAUUCUAUGAUGCAGAUCCUUCGCGUCUCGAGCCACGAGGUCGCAAGCGGGACCGACAAGAUGAUGAUUCUGACAGAAAUGUCAAGAGGCAAGCUCAGUCGAGAAAUGGAGCACCUGUAUCCGACCAUUUGCGGCCUGAGAACCUCGAGAAUCUCGAAAAUCGUCGUCUCUGGAGGCGCAUCGACCCCAACUUGCGGCCAUUCCUAUGGGAUGUCAUAGUUGGACAAGUCGAAGACGCGAAGCGUCUGAAAAUCCAGCCUCCCAACGAAACUCCCUCUCCCCCUCGCCGCUCGGAUGACCGCUCGAGGAGCAGUCAUCCACGCCCCCCGUAUGUUUUGGUUGACCGCUCGAAGAGCAGCACCAACGCCACGCCUCUGGGACCAAGGGGCAAUCCCAGUCAUAGUCGUCCCCCCCCUCGUCGUCGUCGAGAUUCCGAUGAAUCUCGUCGUUCUCGUGACGACCUCGACUAUGGCGAGCCUCCGCGUCGAUCCGGACCGGGAGGAAAUGGUGGUGCCGAUGCACCACCACGUCCUCCUUAUGAGGAGUGA